GAGUAAGGAGUGCAGUUUUUAAAUAAAAAACUGGCCAGGGCCCCAGAAGGGGACAUCCUCAAAGCAUUUGUACAAUUUGGAUCCCCUUUCUUGGGUAUUUUUUUUGUUUGGUUGGUUUUUUUCUCUAGAGCAAAAAGGAGAGUUCCUAAACAGCAAAGUUUUGACAGGAACAUCCUAGUUCCAAAGGAGUCAGACUGAUGGCCAGCACAAUUCCAAGAGCAAUAGUUCAUACUCUCAGAAAGGACAAGACCUUAAAACAAAUCCCACAUAAAGCCUGGAGAGCUUGGACAUAAAGAGAGCAGAGCCUGAAAUCCAGGAGAGAACUUACCCUCAAACUUUGGGGUCACUGAGAAAGCAGUGAGGCCACUUGGCUUUGUGGGCACCCGGUCCCUGUUUGCUCACCAGCUGUGGAGCUGUUGGGGUCGUCUCAAAUUUCCCACUUCUGAUCAUUAAAUAAUAUUAACCUUAAAAAUCGAACUGCCAGUGAUUUCACCAGCAGCUGUGGAUUUAUUUGGGAAUAGCAGAGAACUGUAAUUUAGAACAAGCAAACUAUGGCAAAACCAUAGCAAGUUCACAGAGCAAAGGAGAGGACUGUGCUUUUCCAGAGGAAAUUGGAAGCUGGGAGGGCUGUAAUAAACAAAACAAAAAGCCCAAUUGGAUGAACCAGGAGCUCCAAUUAUGGUGGCUCCUCAUUGGCUGGGCUGUUGCUGGGGGAAGAGGAAAAGCUUUCUUCCUCCUGCUGGGGUAAUAACGAUAGUAAAGUAGUGUCAGACUUGUAAGGUACCUUUGUUCCUUCUGGGUCUGCAAUUCAUGAGGAGCCAUGGGGCGUGAGAGCGCCCCCUGCUGGCCUGCUGCAGCCAUUCUAAAUGAGGUUUCCUUUUAUUUUCACAGUAUCAAAGUCUGGAGGAAAUCAAUUAAAUGUUUAUGUUAAUUAUCUCUUGAGUGCCAUCUCCCCCACAUAGUUUCCUAAAGUUACUUCUUGAGAGAACAAGGUGGAGGCCAGCAUUCAGUCCACUGCACCUUUACAUUGUUAGUGGCUUGUGGACAUCAUUUGGCUUCUGUGGCCUUUUUCCUGAGGGGCAUAUUCUGUUUUAUUCUUUGUCCCGAUUCUGAUAAUGGUACCAGCUCUUGCCUCCUUCCCUAUGGAGGGCCUGUGGAUAAGCCAGCAUCUGUAGGUUCCCUGUCUGUCCAAAUACACCUGAGUCCUUUGCUCUUGGCCCCCUUUCCUCCCACUCAGCCAUACCCAGCCAUGGGCUCUGCCAGAUUCCCAGUGUGAGGGUUAGGGUGCAGCCUCCAGCUUUGCACGAUCUCUAAGGCCAACAGGAGCACCUGAGACAGGGGCAUGGGCAGAUCGAGAGUAACUGUGUCCCACAAAUGUGCACGGCUGCCUGGUGUGGAAGGCAUGUCCUCCAUGCUGGUCUUGUCCUAGCCUCCUUUUCACGUGCAUGUGGGAGCCCCACCCGUGCUUCCUAAAGAGGAAUUGGUUGUCUGUUCUUGUUUUUUAUCUCUUCUGUUUAAGGACCCAAGAUAAAAUUGCCAAAUUUGGCUGUUUUUUACCCUACAAAAUGAUGAUUUCAUUUGGUUAAAACUAAUAUUGUGUGUAAACACACACAUAUGCAGGCAAGUACAUUUUAAGAUAGGAUUAUAUUGUUGAGACUGUUCUUUAGAAACUUUGGUCUGUCUUGGACAUCUUUCUCUACUGAUGCACACCUAGAUCUCUCAUCCUUUUUUUUUUUUUUUUUUUUUAUUCUCACGUUAUAUGUAUUCUACUUCAUGGGCAUAGUUUUUUGAACUCAAUUCCCAGUUGCCUUUUGUCUGGUCAAUUGUUUAUGAUGGGUUAUUUAGUUUGGAAUAUGUGCCAUAGAGGACCUUUAAUCUUUUGUGUAAUUGUCAAAUAUAUUCUUUUUUCUUCUUUCUUUCCUUUUUUUACCACCAAAUGCUAGAAAACAUUUUAUUUCAAGGCUUCUUUUUUUUUAAUAUACAUUUUACAAGAGCUCUUUCUGGAUGAAUGCUACUGAAAUCAUGUGGCCUCUGGAGAGAAAUGGUCUGCCUCGCUGUCUCUUACUCCCCAAACCUAAUUUUCUCACCCACCCGGAUCAACACUGUACACCGCCUGCCUCUCAGCAUAGUUGUGUGGAACAGAACGGAUAACGUGAAUGCUCUGAGAAUGGCUGCACGCUGAAGUAAUGGUUAUGUAGUAGUCAUAUCAGUGGUCGUAGUAAUAAUAAAAGAGUCCCUAAAACUUGUAGGUAUACUUAUCAGCUAACUUUAUUCUUGUAAAAAGUGUACUAGUGUAAGUAUUUGCCUGAAAAUAAUUCAUAAGCUAUAUUGCCCUAUUUGCCUGAUCAGUGAGCUCGGGGCGGGAGAGCUGAGCUCUGAGGUUGGAGGAUUGAUUUUGGGGAGCUCUCCAUGCCUUGGCAAGUCUCUAUAGUGAGGAAAACUCCAAAGUCCACUCACUUGGGCUGCUGCCCAGGUUCCAUGCUGUGGAGAAAGGAGCAGCCUGAGUGAGUGUGGUUGGGAUGGGUGAGGUGUGAGCCUGGCCACUGGCCAGGGCGCCUUUGAUCCAGGGUCCAGGAUGACUCCCUCAAUUCUUUCCUGAGGGUCCUGGAAAGGGGUGUCCCUGCAGGGAACAGCUGACUACCCUGUGUGCAUGUGUGUCCUUUUCCAGGUUGCUGACUUGGGACACCUACAAGGCCGGAAACCAGACAGAGCCCUGCAAGGCUGCUUGUGCCAUGGAUUCUCAGGUCAGCAAUGGUUCAAGCCUCCAGGAUGAGCGCAUCACAAACUUGCUGGUGUUUGGCUUCCUCCAAAACUGCUCCAACUAUAAUUUCCAUAAAGAGUUAGAGGUGUUGGGCCGUGAACUGCCUGUGCCACCAGCUUACCUGCAGGAGGACCACGAUGAUGGGCUCCAGACAGAUGGCAACCGGUGCAGCCGCUUCUUGGAUAGCGAGGAGACAGAUUCUGAGAGUCAAGAGGAAAUCAUCCAAGAUAUCGCCAGGCAGCUCGCCCAAAUCGGGGAUAGGAUGGAUCACAGCAUCCACCCAAGAGUGGUGAAUAACCUGGCAAUGCAGUUUAUGAAUGUGAACCUGUCAGAAGAAGACAGAAGGAAGCACCUUGCUGCUGCACUGGAGCAGGUCCUACAGACUUACCCGAAGGACAUGGAGAGGGAGAAGACCGUGCUCAUGUUGGCCAUGGUAUUGGCCAAAAAGGUGGCCGAUCACACACCGUCCUUGCUCCGUGAUGUCUUUCGCACAACAGUGAACUUUAUUAACCAGAACCUACUCACAUAUGUGAGGAACUUAGUCAGAAAUGAGAUGGACUGAGUGGACAACUCUGCAAAAGUACAACUGGUUAAAACUUGAUAUGGUGACAACAGUACACCUGCCUCCAGUGGAGAUGGAGCCAUGGCUGUGUAAACAAAGUUCUUAGAGAAGAUAGGCACGAAGUAAUAGCUAUUUAUUUCUUACUAUUUUAAAGAUGAUGUUUUAAGCAAGUGAUUCAUUUAGAAACUUUACCUUAACAUACUUGAAUGAAAAUGUCAACUUGCACAGAUUUGAAUGAGUUUCAUACCAUCUUCCAAAUCCACUACACACUGUGCCUUUAUCUUAUUUCAGCUGUACGGGUCUUCACUUGAAAAUUAAAUUUAAGAACAGAUUGUAAGGCAGAAAAAAAGGUUUUUUUGUUUAAGAAAAACACCCAUGUUUUUUUGUUUAAAAAAAAAAUACUGUUUAUUAAAGUGCAACCUUGAGGUGGUGUGACAGCAGGCAAUAUGAGGAGAGUAAGGUCUGGAGACGGAUGCACUUACCCCUCACAAAUGAAAAAUUCCUCUCAAUGUAGGGCACACCUUGAUACUAAGGAAGUUAACAGUCUUCCCAUUUAAAAACCAAACAGUACAAGAGGUUCUGGACUAAAGUUCUGUACUCAAACAAUGGGAAAAUCAGGCCUCAAAACAUGAUUUUUUUCAACUCGAUUUCCUUUUGAGUUAAGAAGGACCACAGGCAAUUGAAAGGUGUGGAGAUCAUUUAAGGACCCACGUCAGCCACAGCUUCCAAAAUCAGGUAACCAAAUGCACCUUUUCUUUCCAAGAAGUCAAGGCUCUGAUAAAAAUUUUAAGCUGAUGCAGUACCAGAAGGUACUACAUACAGCCCAUGGGGGAAUGUCUGUUAAUAAUCUUCCAUUUUCAUUUUCCUCCCAUAUCCCUCAGCUUACCCUUGCCCAAGAAGUGAUAUCUGAAGAAAACAGGUUUCUAGCCAUAAAGAUAAAACAAUAGUUAGACUUUUAAAAAUUCAACAGUUGAGGUGGUUCCCUUUCUUAGAGACACAGUCAGAAUGCAAGUAAUAACAAAAGUAAGUCACUUAGGUAGUGCCAAAAUAAACCAGAGAGAGCUUACAUUUAGAAACAGUGCCAUACUGGUCUGUUGUUCCCAGCGAUAAGCAUUUCCUAGGAUUCUGUUUAAAGGUACAGUGGUGGAUGCUGGGUCCAUAUCACACACAUUAAUGUUAGGCUUACCAGUAAUACCGUUGUUACUAUGAAUAGAACACUCUGGGAAAGGAUAUGAACAAGAGUAAUAGGUACUAAGAAAUACUUUCUUGUUACCAAAAACACUUUUCUGUUCCUUGAGAGUUUAAUCAGAAAAGAAAUAUGACUGCAUUGUUCAGCAUUAAAUACAUACCACACUAGGGCUGGGCCUCAAUCUACUAUCUGCAGUAUGUUGCAAAUACUAAAAGCCGUGCAGUAAGAAGGCCACCAUUUGGAAAUAAACCGGUAAUGCUGUUA